CACACAGCUACCACUAGAGUUAGUAAUUUCUCUCUCUCUCUCUCUCUCUCUCUCUCUCUCUCUCUCCUAUACUUGAUUCCUUUCUUUCAUCGAUAUAGAGCACAAUACUGGUCAAGACCCGAAAGGAAAAGAAAUGAAUCUCAUUGCCUUUACCCCACUAUAAAACCUUUAAUUUGACGGUGCAUUUUGGGUUUCAGAGUGAGAAAGAACUUCAAAAGCGGAGUGCUCUAUGAAGCAGUUAUCAUGUUACUCAUAGUGGAUCACGCACCAAUAUGAUCCUGCAUUUGGGGUUCUAGAGAGAGAAACUCGGAAAUAAGAGUUCCUUCCGAACGAGUUGGUGUUCUUCUUGUGAUGGGACUCCCCCCAAUUUGAUCCUGCAUUUGGGUUUUGAAGAGAAGUGAUCACUUAAAUAAUUAGUGGGUCUGCGAUAGUUUUGGUGGUCCUCCUUCAAUGGAGCUUUGGUGGAUUUUGCUGGUUCUUGGGAGCGCCUUUGCCGUCUGUCGCCUCUUGCUGAUGCUCAUACCCCCUGUAGUCCCCUCCAUUGAUGUCGAUGCCUCUGAUAUGUUGGAUGAUGGAAACCAAACGGAGGAGGGUGCCUACAUCUAUGUACCAAGGAAGGUUAAGUUGGCACAGGCAGACAAGAUUCAAUGCUAUGAGCCUGCAACAAUGAGAUAUCUAGGAUACUGCCCUGUAUUGACCCCCAACGAGGUCAAGCAACAUGUUAAACAAGCUCGGACAGCACAAAAGGAAUGGGCAAAGAGUACUUUCAAACAACGACGUCAGUUUUUGAGAAUACUCCUGAAGUACAUUAUAGAACAUCAAGAACUUAUUUGCGAAAUCUCUUCUCGAGACACUGGAAAGACAAUGGUGGAUGCUUCUUUAGGGGAGAUAAUGACCACAUGUGAGAAAAUUACUUGGCUGCUGGCAGAGGGUGAGAAGUGGCUAAAGCCUGAAUACAGGUCUUCUGGUAGGUCCAUGCUGCACAAAAUUUCAAGAGUGGAAUUUUAUCCCCUUGGAAUGAUUGGGGCGAUUGUUUCCUGGAACUAUCCAUUCCACAACCUAUUCAAUCCCAUGUUAGCAGCAGUUUUUUCAGGAAACAGCAUUGUGAUAAAGGUUUCAGAACAUGCAAGCUGGUCAGGGUGUUUCUACCUCCGAAUUAUUCAAGCUGCUCUUGUUGCUGUUGGAGCCCCAGAGAAUCUGGUUCAUGUUAUAACUGGAUUUGCUGAAACUGGAGAAGCACUUGUUUCUUCAGUUGACAAAGUCAUUUUUGUUGGAUCACCUGGUAUUGGUAAGAUGAUUAUGAGGAAUGCUUCUGAGACAUUAAUACCUGUAACACUUGAGCUUGGUGGAAAAGAUGCAUUCAUUGUGUGUGAAGAUGUUGAUGUGCCUCAUGUCGCACAAAUAGCAGUUAGAGCUUCUCUUCAAUCAAGUGGGCAAAACUGUGCUGGCGCUGAGAGGUUUUAUGUCCACAAGAAUGUGUAUUCUGAUUUUGUUGCACAAAUUGUGAAAAUUAUAAAAUCUGUUCGUGUUGGGCCUCCACUGAAAGGUAGGUAUGAUGUGGGGGCAAUAUGUAUGGAAGAGCAUCCUGACAGGCUUCAAAACCUUGUGAAUGAUGCUUUAGAGAAAGGGGCCCAAAUUGUUUGUAGAGGAAAUUUUGAGAACACGGGAGAUGUGGUUGCCCAAUUCUUUCCUCCCACCGUACUUAUUAAUGUAGAUCACUCUAUGAAGCUGAUGCAGGAAGAGGCUUUUGGGCCAAUAAUUCCAAUUAUGAAAUUCAGUACAGAUGAAGAGGCUGUCAGGCUUGCCAAUGAUAGUAACUAUGGACUUGGUUGUGCUGUAUUUUCCCAAAACCAACGUCGAGCCAGGGAAAUUGCCUCAAAGCUACAUUGUGGUGUUGCUGCAAUCAAUGAUUUUGCGUCAAACUAUAUGUGCCAGUCUUUGCCAUUUGGUGGUGUAAAACAUAGUGGGUUUGGGAGAUUUGCGGGUGUUGAAGGGCUGCGAGCUUGCUGCCUUGUGAAGUCGGUUGUAGAGGAUAGGUGGUGGCCAUACAUCAAGACUAAGAUACCAAAUCCACUACAGUAUCCUAUUGCAGACAAUUCUUUUGAGUUUCAGGAGUCCCUUGUUGAAGCUCUGUAUGGUUUGAAUGUCUGGCAUAGGCUGCGAGGGCUGAUUAAUGUGUUUAAGAUCCUUACAGAACAGAAACAACCAGAUACACCAAGGAGAAGCCCACGAGCUCAGUGAAGGAGACAAUUCCCAGUCUUAAAAAUAGAAAUAUGAAAAAAGAAUAGAAGAGUGUUCUUUGAGUAUAAUUUUAUUCGGUUGAUGAGAAAUUGAGCUUAAUCUUGUGUGUUGGAUUCAAAAUUCAGAGGUUAUAAUUUAAAUAUUGGGAAAAGUUUAGGUAGAGGCU